AUGGUGUCCAGCGAUUCGGAGUCCUACCUCCAGGAGAGCAGGGCUCCCCUGGUGAAGGGAGUGAUGUGGUUGAUGGCAAUUGUGCCGUCAAUAUCCGUAUUGAUGCGUUUAUACGUCAGGUGUUUCUUAAAGCGUGUAUUCGGCUGGGACGACUUCAUUAUCAUCAUUGCGACAGCCUGCUUAAUUGCCUAUGCUGCUAUCUGUCAUGUUGCGGUGAACCUAGGCCUUGGAAGACAUCUGACAGCCGUAGAGGAAACCCCAAACAAUGUUAUUCAGGUGGCACUGCUAUGUGACAUCGGAGAAGUUUUCGCCAUUAUGGCUUGUACAUUAGGAAAGACUUCCUUUGCCGUGACUCUGCUUCGCAUUGUUGUCCAAAGAUGGAUGAUUGUCGUGCUUUGGUUCGUGAUUGUGACCAUGAAUCUGGUCAAUGUUCUAGCGGCCUUGUUUAUCUUUGUUCAAUGCAAAGAUCCUCGACAUCUUUGGAACUCGGCGAUACCGUCCGAAUGUUGGCCGGACAGCGUGUUCACGGAUUUUUCGCUCUUUGUUGGAGCUUAUUCCGGAGCCCAGGAUUUUGUCCUGGCAUUGCUUCCGUGGGCGAUUGUUUGGAACCUGCAGAUGAAGAAGAAAGAGAAGUUGGGUAUUGCAUUUGCUAUGAGCCUGGGUAUCUUUGCGGGUGCAGCUGCCAUUGUGAAGACAACCUUCCUUGUAGCCCUGUCGGCCAAAGCUGACUUCACUUGGGAGCUUGCGCCGUUACUUUAUUGGGCUGCGGUUGAAGACGGACUUGCCAUCACUGCUUCCUCGGUUCCAGCUCUGAAGCCUCUGCUUAUGAGAGUCUUCCCCAGUUCGCUGGGAAACGAAAACUACAACAUGAUCUCCUAUCCCGUCGGGACUCCUCGACAGAGAGUAUUUGACAACUCCCAAGGCGAAACGCAAACAGAUAUUGGGCAUGCCACUGUUCAUGAACGGGGCAGCCAAACGGCCAUCUUGGAGCCACACUCGCCGGGAAUUAAAGAGGAAAGCAUCAACAUGACGACGGAGGUGUCAGUGACGUAUAAUCGCGUUCCAUAG